AGAACCAAACACUGCUUCAUGGACCAGGAGGUAUUUAUCAUUUCAUGUCCAUCAGAUCUGAGGACAGCGGGAACUACUACUGCAAGUCUGAGAAUCAACACGGACGAAUCAACUCUACAUCUCGAUUUAUAGAUGUCCUGUAUGCUCCAAAGCUUCCCUCUGUGUCAGUGUGUCCCUCUGGUAAGAUAGUGGAGGGCAGUUCAGUGACUCUGGCCUGUAGCAGUGAUGCUAACCCAGCAGCUAAAUACACCUGGUACAAGAAUAAUGUGGACUCACCAAAAGCAUCAGGACAGAUCUUCAUCAUCACUGACUUCAGAGCUGAACACAGUGGGAAUUAUUACUGUGAAGCCCAGAACAGAAGAGGACGUCAGAACUCCACCUUACAUCUGGAUGUUAGGGCUGGAGACUGGAUAUUAAUAACUGCUGGAACAGUCACUGCCAUUUUAAUAGUUGUCAUACUCAUCGCUGCCUGGCUAUGGAUUAGGAAAAAGAGGGCCCGUAAGCAACCAUCUGAGCCUACUGAGAGGCCAGACAGUGCACAGAAACAACCAGCAGAGCCGAAGGAUAACCUUCACUAUGCCAGUGUCCACUUCUCUAAGACACAAGCAGAUCCUCUCUACGCCAAUACCACAAUGGCUCUGGCCCAAAAACCCAGAAGGGAAGAGGAGGUGGGCAGAGUGGAGUACUCUAUUAUCAAACUCAAAAAUGGCAGCACUGCCCCAGGAAACAGUAGUCAGGAAAGUGGAGUGGAUCCAGCGGCAUUGUACAGCGCAGUCAACAACCCCCCCCAAAAAAAUGGAUACCAGAUUUCCUAAUCUUCUCUUCAUACGUGGAAACCCAACUCCAUUGUGCAAUCUACGCCAGAGGUACCACUAUCUGGAACUGUAGUUUCCACCCACUCAGUCUGAUGUAAUAUGAUUAGAAGUUGCAAAGACCUUUGCAAUGCAGCUUGAGAGAGGAGUCCUUUCUUUAGUUCCACCUAAAAUAUGAGGGAACAUUUUCUUUGUCAUUUUUAUUCAUUUCAUUAAUUUUUUAUGUCGAAAAGCUGCAUCGAUUUAUCAGCUGGAAGCUGAUAGCAUGAAAUCGUGUUAUUUAAUUCAUACAUUCGGUUUUGUUCCAAACAUUUAUGUACAGUAUAAUGGAUUUAAGGCGCUUGACUGUAAGCCAAGUGCAUGUGUCAAAACCAAUGUACCAAAACCAAAUAUUAUGUAUUCAUAAGUUAGAUUAGCUUCACUACAUGCUUGUACAACAUGCAGCCUAAACGUUUUCAGUACUGUAUCAGUUAGCUGAAAAAUUCACACUGCUGCCACUAGAUGUCCAUACAGAGCAACAUUUGUAUCUUACUCUGAGAAGGCGGCCCCUUAUCCAACUCCUGUUUGUGAUAUGAAAGGCUUUCUGGGACAUGUAGGAUCUCUCCUACAUAUGUUCUGUGUUGUUGUGUGGUGUAAUUUUGGUGUUAGGGAGCUUCCUGAUUAUCUGUUAUAUCGGAGACAGACAUACCAGCUUUUAAAUGACACCUCAUCAUCAGACCUGGAUUUAGGCAUAGGCAUUCUAGGCAUGUGUCUAAAGCCCAUUUGCCCCUAGGGGGCCCAAUAAGAAUAAAAAGUGAAAAUAUAUAUAUAUAUAUUUUUUUAUAGUUGAAAAAAAUGUAAAAUGUAAAUUUCCAAUCUAACACUUGUAUUAGUGUAAAUAUUAUGUACAGUAGAGUAAAAAUGCCAAUUGCAGGAAAAUAUGUUUCUGGUUUUGUAUGUUAGCUAGCCAAAGCAGUUACACUACCACUUUUCUAGGAUGCUUUUGGGUGCAGCAAAGCAGAAAAAAAGGAAAAAGUAGAAAGAAAAUGACGUCUCUUAGGCCCUUCAAAUAAGUCUAAAUUAGAUGCAUUAAAAUACCUACUCAAAUAUGUUAGCAUAAUAAUCAUGUGGCAGUUAAAAGUAAUCCUGUUUAUUCACUUUAUUAAGUGUCCAUAUGGAGGGGGCCCGGAAAAUACAGUAUGCAAUCUUUACUACAAAAAAGAGCCAGCCUUGCAUUGGAAGCCUCCACACCCCCUCACCCAUCCUCGGUGGCUACAAUCACUCUUGAGCAUCCUUUAUGUAGCCAGAAUGCACAGUGCAAGCCCCGAAAAAAGAUUAAAGUUUGGGCAUUUGCAGCUGCAGUGGUUAAAGAUCUGUUUGAGUGAAGGCUGGGGACAUUAUUUUCUAUUUAUAUGUUUAUUUUUUCAUUUGUUUCGGCAUACAGAGCAGGUUUGUGAUCUGCUGUAUUACAUUAUUUAAUCUCCUUUCAUUUACGCUUACAGCAAGGGGUGAAAUGUUUUUUUUUGCCACUGAGGGAGGAUGGGAGGGGGGGAGGGAUGAGUAUACUGUUUCAAUUUUGUAUUGUACUAUUGCAACAGUUAACUGUUGUACUACAUUCUCCUUUUUAAAAUUAAAAUAAAAAAUACUGGCAGCAUAUCAACUCAGACAUCCUGUCGAGUACAUUUCACUCUUGUUGUACAACGUAUGUUUUUUGUUCCCCUUUAAAAAAAAAGUUGUGACUUGUCAGUCAUAAUCUAUUGUGGAUCCUACUUUGCUAAUUUUUUACAAAUCAAUACCAAUUGUCAAUUGUAUGCCUUCAAUAUACAUAUUAUUGUGGCCCA